UUCAACAAGAGAUCGGCUUCCAGAUCCUCCAGACGCCCAUGCGAUUCGGCUCGGACUCUGGUCCCUCGGACGGUAUGCGCCAGCAGAUGCUCGACGUGCCCGAUUACCCUCAGCUGCAAUAUCAGAUUGCCGACGACAUCGAUGGAGACUUUCGCCACACUAAAUCGUGCGGCACCCCCUUCGGCCUUCUGUACACUCGCAAGGACGGCGGCCGCAGCCGUGUCUACCAUAUGUUGCACACCAACCGCAAUACACCUGCCGAAGACGACCGAUGGGUGUUGACCAAGAACCCCCGAAAGCUUGAACCAGAUCAGUCGCGAGACAUCAUUUGCAACUUCGCGCAAGACUACGUCCACCUCCUGGGUGGUGAGAACCCCGACUCGCCCCGACGAGUAUCAGCCACGGUCCCUGGCGUGUGGAAGUUUUUGCAGCCUGAAUACCGCCUCACCGUCGCAGAGCGUCACUCAGCACUUACGGUCCGAUUCUGCAACCCGAUGGAGCAGGCUGCCGACUCCGACAACUGCCAAUCUACGCUGCCGUCCAUUUUGGUCAGAAUGGAAAAUACCCACAUGCACUAUCCUAUCAAAUCGCUUCCCGUGCAAUGGGCCGCUCCCGCAGAUCCCAUCGAUGCCAACCACGAACCCUGGGUGUCGGUCGCGCCUCACGAAGCCAAGGACGCCCUGGCGUUGUUCUCUCCCGCCCUGAACAAGAUCAAGGACACCUCCCAGGUUUUUCACCAGGCCCGUUGCCUCGCCGCGAACAACAUCCCUCUCGACGUAGAAGCAGCGCGUUGCGAUUGCUUGCCCGAGCCCGCCAAGGUUCUCCACCGUUGGGACGAGAAUGGCAACAUCGAACGUAUCGAAGACCAGCAGACUGCUGCGCGGACAGACCGAGACUUACAGCAGCGGCCGACCCCCUACAAGAUCCAAGCUUACAUGAACCCAGACGUGGGCGGCUCCGGCCGACUGAGUAUCCUCAAUUUCAGACUCCUUCUGAGUCCGAAGGUACUUGCGCACCGAGGCCUUGCACACUUCCCCCCAAGAAACGAUGCCAUGUCCGCUCUUGUACGCUCGCCUCGAGGAUCCGGCACCUUUGAUGUCCAGUUUGAGUUUGUGGAUCCGAGCUUGAAGGAGCUGCGGCCAUUGAAGGAGAGCAUGCAACCGGUCAAAAGAGGCGAUUUCCCUUCGGAUAAUCCGAGACAGCCCCCCAACUUUGUUCGCAACCAAAUGAACUUGCGACGUGACCAGUGGGAGGCUGUCCAGUGGAUGUUGAAGCGGGAACACGCCGUCGAUCCAUUCCUGGAGAAGGAGUUCGAAGAGUGUCUUCUACCGUCGGUCAAUGUGCGUCUAUGGGGCACGACAACACUGGAAAAUCUCUCCCAUUGUGGCGUUCUAGCGCAUGACAUCGGCUAUGGCAAGACAGUCGUCACGCUCGGCCUUGUUGAUUUCUCCACCGCCAAUGCAGCCAACGAGGCCAAAUCCAUCGAUGAGCGUGCUGCUCACUUGGGUGCCAACUGCCUUAUCCACCUCAAGGCUACCUUGGUCAUCGUUCCGCCUCACAUCGUGGGUCAGUGGGCCAACGAGGCUGCCAGAUUCGUCGGGCGUGAUUCGGGAGGCCACGGAAACGGCUUGCUCACCGUACACGUCAUCACUAAGCCCACCGAUAUCGUGCGGGAGAAGAUGAUAGUGGCAGACAUCAUAAUUGUCAGCACUACCUUCGUCUCUUCAGACAAGAACUUGGAGAAGCUUGCAGCGGUGUCUAAGCUUCCGCCUAUUCACCACAGAAAGUCCGCGUUGAAGGGACAGGACCACCGCGAUUGGUACUCCGAAGCCACCGAGACCAUUCGUCAGUCGGGUUUCGACUUUCUCAACCCAGACAGCAUGAACAUCACGCAGCUUGAUACCGUUUUGCAGAACCGACGCAAUGUUACAAACGACUGGAUUCAGAUGGUCGAGGACAACAACGUGGGCCCCAGCGACCGGAAGACUCAGACUACAAGCGCCAAGAAGAGAGCAGGAGCCUCGAAACCCAGUUCUAAGGCCAAGGUUGCUACUGCCAUCGACGUGCUGGAAGCGUUCAAGAAGGGUCAGCUCCUGGAGAUGUAUACCUUCCAGCGGGCUGUCUUGGACGAGUUCUCGUACGAAAACACGCCCGUCGCCGUGUUCCUGGAAAAGGUCGUUGCCUCCGCCAAGUGGAUUCUUUCCGGAACGCCCCCUACGGUCGAUCUUGGCCGGAUUUGCGACAUUGGGACGUUGCUGAAUGUCCACGUUGCUCGUGCUGCACCCUCAAUGCCGGGAUAUUUCCCAAACGUCACAAUGGGGCCAAGAAUCUCGGAGCAGACCGAUGCCGAGAAGUACCGCAGCUAUGCUGAGCCCUUAUCUGCGAAGCUGGCUGUCGAGCGUCACGAGCAGGCAAAGAGUUUUAUCUUGCACCACUUUCGCAAGAACAAGACGGACGUGGAAAAUGUGCAAGUCGAAGAGUUGUUGUGCUUUGCCCCGAUGGAGCCUCUGGAGGCCACCAUCUACAACCUGGUACAGCAGGGUCUCUACGACGCCAAGUUCGACAUACACGGUAUACCAAGCCAACUUUCGCUGCUGGUACAGGCCCUUGUGACCGAUGAGAAGUUGGCCAGUUCCGGAUCAAAGGUCAAGGCUUCGGGGAAGUCCGUGUGGGCUGAAGCCAUCGACGCCCUGCUUCUGCUUGCGUCUGUUCCCUCCUGGAGCAAUCGCCAGGGAUUCAUCAACAUGAGUUGGAUGAAGAAUGGAGAAGAACUAUCUUUCCGCUCAAUCAUGCGAUAUUUGGCUUAUGGAUCUGCCAUGUUCUUGGAACACUGCUCGUACGCGAUUUCAUCGCUCUUUGACCAGAUGAUGUACCUCGCCAACGUUCUUGAGAACGAUGAUAGUCCACGCAGCAGCACUUUGAAGGCCAAGAAAGCGGCAUACAUGGGCCACAUGCACGACAUCAUUGAUAUUUUCAAGCACGAAAAGGCGGAAAUCGCCGGCGACCGGCAGCUCAUCAUUUUCCUCAGGGAGGCAAUCAUCAACAAGACGUGCGUCUCGGGCAGGAAGCCAUAUGAAAGACUGGAGGGACGUGACCUUUGGGACAUCAAGACCUGGUCAAUGGAUCACGGCGGUGGUCCUGGAUCGUUUACUGCUGCCAAUUGGUGGAUUUUUGAUGAAGGCAUGGAAAUUUCAGAUGAGGAGCUUUCUAUGGUGAAGGCGCGCUGGCAUCGACCCGACAUCGACGGACCAGCCGACACCAGGGAGGAAAUCAUCCAUAUGAUUCGAGCUAAGCAACUUAACCCCGUGCAUGCGCUCCACGAUUCGCUGCCACACACUAUGGGACUAAAGCAUCAUACCCACCUCCAAGACGACUUUUUCUUUGCGGAUCGGUUCGACAAGCACGUCGCUGGGAAACUGACAAAGGAUGACUUCGAAUUCGGGAUCCAGCUGCCGAAGGACCGACCCCGCAAAGGACGAAUGAUCAGACCCAGAGGACAACCGAUCGACGAGGUCCUGAACUGCUUCAUGCUGGUCAUCCAGAGCAUUCAAGCCGGCAUCAAGACCGCGGCAACAGCCUGGCGGAACCAAAUGUUUAUCCUUAAGGCGGACUGCCUGCAGAACCACAAUUUCGACGCCCACAACAGCCUCCCGAUCCGGUGCUCCCAGUGCCAUAAGACGACCGACCGGGGUCUUCAGUCGAUCGCAUGUGGUCACACGCUCUGUUACGAUUGCCAUCUUGCUUUUACCGAGAGCCAACAUCGUACGUGCCCAACCAAAGGAUGCCAGGCAACGAGCCAGGGGUCUUUUAUGCCUUGGGACUCAUUCUUCAAGGAGGAUGAUGCCGACGGGGUCGAAAAGUUCGACGCAGCCGUGUCGGGCCUGUCUGGGUCGAAGAUGCUCGAAAUCGAGAAAAUCAUUCUCCAGGACGUCGAGGAUGACGAGAAGGCCAUCGUUUUUGCGCCUUAUUCCCGGGUCAAAGAGGCGAUACGCGUUCAUUUGUUUGGAAGCAUCGGGGAUGACGUCGCGGUCUACGUGACAACUGGCGGUGAAAUGGACUCUGAGAUCAUUGAGGAUUUCAAGAGCUUCCCAGGAAAGGCUGUGCUGGUGCAGAACCUCAUGUCUUCCGAAUCGGCGGGCACGAACCUAACCGAGGCCAACCACGUCAUUUUCGCCGGCGUCUUGUUCACGGACUCUGACAACUACACAAUGUACAUGGACCAGGCCAAGGGCCGUGUCAUCCGACAAGGCCAGACUCGCAAGGUGACGAUCUACCACCUCGUGUCGCCCGCCACCUUGGAGUUCGACAUAUUCAAUCAGAGACAGCGCGGCCGCAUCCGCGGCUCGGGCGAUCUCGAUGGUCGCACCCGCCUUCCAGUCAGCGAAAAAGCCACGGUUGACCCGGCCUACCCGCUUCGGUAUCGCUCCUAUCUAGAGAGCUCGGCAGUCGAGAAGCUUGUCCGAUCCGUCGAGUUCGUCGAGUUCGAGGGCUGAA